GGCAGGCGGAUCGAUCGCUUGGACGUCCCGACAGUUUCGACUCACCACCACAGCAAAGAUGCAGAUCUUCGUCAAGACCCUCACGGGUAAGACCAUCACCCUCGAGGUCGAGUCCUCGGACACCAUCGACAACGUCAAGUCCAAGAUCCAGGACAAGGAGGGAAUUCCCCCGGACCAGCAGCGUCUCAUCUUCGCCGGAAAGCAGCUCGAGGAUGGCCGCACUCUCUCCGACUACAACAUCCAGAAGGAGUCUACCCUUCACCUUGUCCUCCGUCUCCGUGGUGGUAUCAUUGAGCCCUCGCUUAAGCGUGCCACCAACUGCCGCAAGAAGGCUUGUGGUCACACCUCCCAGCUCCGCCCCAAGAAGAAGCUUAAGUAGUGGUUGUGCGCAUGGAAAACAUGGAUUGGAUGGCGCGCGUUGUUUUGCUUUUUUGUUACGGCGU